AGCGGAGUGUGGAGUCAGUGUUUCCUCACUCUUCUGACAGAUCUCAGGCUGUGUGGAAGGUGCAGCCAUGGGUGGACAGACAGAGAGAGCCCAGGUUCUGUGGUUACUGCUGUUUGUAAGUCUCGUGUGUAAGACCGUGGAGUUUGAGUUGUCAGAUGAGGAUUGGGAGGACCUACCUGCAAGCCUAGUCUCUCUUCACAGGCUGAGGGGACUGCACGACCAGAUUACCCAUGAGGCAAAACCUGACACCCAUCUCCCUUUGUUCCGAGCAGCAAUGUUCCAGAGAAGUUAUGGACCAGCUAUCCGUCAAUUGUCAGAUUCUGAAAGUGUUCCACAGGAUAAAAAUACAGAGGAGGACAUAUUUGAAGUUUUGAAAGACUGUCAGGAUUUACCACAGUGCCUUCUCCAAAAGGAACAGGACUUCAAAGGUUUUCUGGUACAUGUUGAGGGACAAAAGCUUCAAGACUCACUGCUGUCUGCAUCAGAAUGGUCAUACAACUAUCGAAACAAAGUUCUCCUCUUGAUGGAUGAGAAGGCAGAGACACUACAGAGAGCAGAAGACGAAUACCAAGAGGACCCUCUGAACUCCAUGAAGGUUGGACAAGCGUGCCUAUACAAUGUCUCGUGCUUCACAACAGUUAACAGGGACACAGUGGUGAGGAUAUUUGGUCGCACCUCAGAAGAUGGAAGCAGUCUAUCAGAGUAUAGGGGUUCAACAUUGGCUACAAAACUGCUUCAGACAGAACUUAAAUCUGCAUCUCUAUUCUCUAUUGAUGGCAACACAAGUGAUUAUUUUCAGAUAAAUUUUAUGAGAGUAUUUAAAACGCAUGGACUUAGUGCUGUAUUGGAAACUAACAAAAAGGACUAUCAGAUACUUGAUCAUAAUGACUUAGUUGUCAAGUACACUCCCAAAAUUUCAGCACGAGACCACACAACCCAGUAUGAUAAACAAAGUAUCCUAAUCAUGGAAGAUGACCCAGUGGUACGGCAAGCCGCCACCUUCCUGUAUGAGAAACACCCCACAGUAACCUCUGUGUACAUGCUGGAUCAGAACGGUCAUCCUAAAUUAAUCAAAGGAGAUCCCUCGCUUUUGUCGCAGGAUAGCCGACUGGUUCUAGUAGGUCAUGGAAAAAAGGGCAGCGAUAAGGAAACGAGGCUGGCUGGGUACCAGGCAGAGGAGGUGGGUGAGAUUGUCUCACGGAUGAAGAGGUUGGGGGGAGAGAUCAAAACCAUCAGUGUUGUGGCCUGUGAGGUUGGCUCUGAUGAAUCCUUCAUCACCAAAUUACUGAACGAGCUCCAUGCCAGGUCAGUCCACGCAGAGCUUCAUUUGAGGAGCUCCGUUUUACAGGUGAGCCAGUCGGGAGAGAAAGUUACAUUGGAGAUCACACCCAGCGGACUGGAGGUCAUGAGGCAUAAAGACGACAGCAAGAAAGUGAUUGCUUGGAGGAGAGAGGACGGGAAGACAACCAUCAAAAGUCUGUCCAACAGCAAAGGAAAGGAGGUUUUUUCAAAUGAGAAAAACUUUCUGGGUGGCAGUGAGCAACAAAACCCCCCAGUUGAACCAAAGAGAUUUGUCAAUCAAAAUGUACGCAAGCCCCAGACUGAUGUCCUGGAGAAAUUGGCAUGGGCCUUUUUUGGAAAUCGAGAUGUAGGUAACUUAAAUCGGCCUAAAAUAUCAUUUAAUGCAAAAUAUGUCUGGAGAUAUAGAAAUGAAAAUCCAGAGUAUUUUGUAGGAAACAGUUUCAGAAUAAAACGGAAGAUGGAAAACUGCUAUGAAAUCAAGUCAGCUGAAGAUAUUCUUAAUUUGAUCACUCAUUUUGCUAACUAUGGAGACUAUGGAAAACCUGCAUUUAUUAUGUUGCACGACUGGAUUUUCUCCAUAGACACCAAUACCCUUUACAUAUAUCCUAUUGGGAAACGGUUGAACAAUAAUGAGAUCGGUGAUGAUAGCAAAAUAGAGAUGAUCAGAAACAGCAUUGAUGAGCAGGUAAACAAUCAUGACUAUCCGGCCAUACGCUCAGCAAUUGCAGAGAAAGGAGAAAAUAGUUAUGGUAUAUUUGCCAGGAAAACUCUAUACAGCCAAAACAGAGAGACACUAUCCAUCUCAACAGAAGCCUGGUUUAGCACAUACUUUCUUGCCUCAGUAAUAUCAGAGUCUGCAAGAAACUUUCGGACAUUUCCAUUGAUUACAAUGGCAUUGAGCAUGACCAAUGACAAUGGUGUUUUAAAAGAAGAGGGACUGAAAUUUCUGUUAGAAAAUCAUCCAAUGGCAAGAGGUGGUACUUGGAUAAACAAUCCUGAAAGAGGCUUUUAUGGUUCAAGUGAUGUGCCACGAAUGGUCAAACAGGAAGAACUACAAAUGAAACAAAUAGCUCUAAAGAGACUAAUUAAAAAUGAAGGCAAAGUCUACGAAGCAUGGCUGUCUCACAUAGACAAACAGGAAUUUACUCCAGAUUUGGCCAAAAACUUAAUUCGGCAUGUGAACAGUAAUCAAGAACCGGGACCUAACUCAGACAAAUUAAUCAAUUUUCAAAAUGCAAUCCAACAAUACUCAGAUGCCAUCAACAAGCAACAGUCUAACCAGGGGUUCUCCGGGGCCUUAGGAGGAUCAACUGAGGGAGCCGUAACAGGGCAAGAUCUGCAUGCAUAUGCAAAUGUGGAGCAGUCGAUGAAGCUCUCCUCCCAUUACUCACGGUCCUCUGCUGUCCUGUCUGGAGAGAUUCAAGCUCAUUUACAAAAGCAGUUUGGAGAGUCACUGAGAAACUUUGUUCUCAAACACAACAGCAUCCAAGUGAAAGACGGGGAGUGCUACUUUGAGGUAAUAUCAAAGAAAAACCCUCAUGAGAAAUACAGUGCCAAAGUAAAACUACCAGAAGAGGGACAGGUGCAUAUGGACAAGAUCAGGAAAAGUAUGGAGAGCAUUUCAGAGAUGAAGAUUCCAGAGCCUGGAAAGACCCAGAUGGGCUCGGGGCACUUGGAACGCACAGGGAUGGCUAUGGGAGUCAUGGGACUGAUGUUGGGUGCCAAAGGAGCUGUAGAAUCCUUUGAGAGAGGUGACAUAGAACAUGGAGUCAUGGGAACUCUGCAGACAGCUCACGGAGCCACCGGACUGAGCAUGGCACUGCUUGGGAAAAAACUAGCAGUCACAAAAAACAUUAAGGUUAUCAGAACCAUUAAUACAAUAUUGAGAAACCCAGUCUCUAAAGCCGCAUUACGAGUGAUGCCAGUGGUCGGAAUUGGAUUUGGAAUAUACAGCAUUACUGAGGAUGUCAAAAGAGGAGAUGCACUGGGAUAUAUUGAUGUUGGAUUUGAUUCACUCAUGAUUGUAUUGGAUGUGCUUGAGUUGGUACCAGUACUAGCACCAAUAAUAGCUCCUCUUAACUUGGCCAUCAGUGCAAUUCGUAUGAUUUUUGAUGAUGUCUAUUUAAGCAUAGAGUCUGAGCUGAGCAACCUUCCACCAGAUGCUGGAAUGCUGGACAAAAUUGGGGCCUUUUUUCGUGGCCUCGGUAAGGGGUUUCUGCAUUUUGUCUUAGAUAUUGUUAGUUUUUUUUAUACCAUACCCUAUCGUGAGAUUGAGGAAGGACGGCGGCUUGUGGAACAGAUAUCUGACUACCGGAAAUACUACUCCUUCAGAGAGGUCCAGGCCCAUAGAACAGCUAUUGAUUUCACAGGCGGAGAAAUGUCAAUGAGUGGGGGGGGUAUAACAUUCUGUCUGUCUGAUGACUGGUCUUCAAAAUUUUGCAUGGAUUAUUUUGUCUCCUCUGAAACAACCCUUGGUCACAAAUGUUGGACAAUUGACACAAACAACAUAAAAGAUAUAAUCCUUGGAAUUGGGGAAUCUCACCAAUUACAGUACAGCACCAUACAUAGAAAAGUAUUACUAUUCAUACCUGCUGGUUCCAUAGAUGUAGUCUCUGGCUAUAAGGUUAUCCCCAACACCAGAUAUGGAAAUUAUGAAGGAAACAAUCAGGACAAUAACUUCUUCGCUGUUCAGACUAAUGAAGAUAAACACAUUAUGGAAAUAAUGUUCAGCUAUUAUUACAGACUUUAUGGGAAGAAUGGUGAUGACACCUUCUAUUUGGGACCACAGAAAAGUUAUGUGGAAGGUCAGGGGGGUAGAGACACCUACAUUAUUCCCAGUCAGGGAGGCAGCACAGUCAUUAACAACUAUGACUCUGUGAAAACAAUGGACAUGCUUGUGUUAAACGUUUACUUCCGGCAGUUAUCUGUGAAAAAAUCUGGGAAUGAUGUGAUUUUAAAUUUCUUGAAUACUCAUAAUGUUAGAAUAUUGAAUUGGUUUGUCGGAGAGGAGUACCGCCACAUAAACAUGAUGUCAGAGGAUGGUGUCUGUUUUGACAUUCCAAGUGUUGUGGUAUCCUCUAUCAAACUAGUUGCUCAGAGUAUAAAUAUGAUGUCUAAAACUGAAGGUCAAAUAGUUGAUGCAUCCCGACCUCCUCUCAACACAGUGAUCAAUGUCUUUGGUUCAGCACACAAUGACCAGCUGACAGGUAAUGCUGAGAAUAACUUCAUUGAUGGGGGAGGAGGCAGCGACACCUUGAGAGGAAAGGAAGGGGAGGAUAUCUACAUGAUUAAAAAACGAGCAAAUUCAGCAGUGUCCAUUGAAAACUAUUCCAGUGACAACAAACAGGACAUGAUGCUCCUUGAGGCAAAGAUUCAUGACAUCAAAGUCAGGGUGUUCGGUGACCAUGUGAUACUGGCACCCUUUGCUGAUCAAAGCUCUUCCAUCACUCUUCUAAACUGGUUUCGUUCAGAAGCAGAUCGGCACCUGGUGAUUGUCACAGAGGAUUUUAUAACUUUCACAGUUUCAACAGACCGAUCCUCUUGCAUGACAUCCAACCCUUUCAUGAGUAAGUGCAUCUUAGUUCAAGUUUUGGAUUACAGCAAAUCCAAAUAUCCUCUUCAAGUGGACCUGGAAGGGGACGAGGUUUACGAACAAGUCACAGAGGUGCGAGGAUCCGACUUGAAUGACAAUAUCAGAGGUAACAGCCAGCAAAACACUAUAGUUCCAGGAAAAGGUACUGAUUUCCUUUGCGGUCGAGGAGGGAAUGAUUGGUACGUUGUUACUCCAGGUUACGGAUUGAAAACUGUUGACAAUUACUCUCCAGACCUCGCAGCAGACAUGCUGUACAUGAGAGAAGCAUAUGAGUUCAUCAAAUGCAAGUGUGAUGGAGAAAACCUUAAGUUGUUAGUAAAUGACACUGAGCAAGUCUUCAUCAAGGGGUGGUUUGGUUCAAUUAUGUCUCAACAUCUUCAGAUUCAGUCAUCUGAUGGAGUGAUUUUCAACCUGCCAUCCAGCAAAUUUAUUUGUGAACUUGCCACUUCACUCACAAACAGUAAAACUUUCCAAAGACAAAUGGAUUCACAAAUGUUUAACAAGAUUUCUGAAAGAAUAGCAAAUGAUGGUAUCCAACAAUCAACAUUGCUAGGACCUUGUGUAUAUGAUGUUGAUGAGAGUGCUGGUGUUUUGGAGGUAAUGUGUCGUGCCGCACCAGAUUCUUUAGUGUUUCGUGGCUCUUUCGCAGGCCAAGAAAAGUUUCAGGAUCACGGCUGUCCUUAUUCAGAUCAGCCUUUGUUCUCCUCAGGGUCUAUGUCAAGAAGAUAUGAGAUUUACCAAAUGGUAUGCAAGUACACGCUGAACUUGAAGUACCCACAAACGGUGGACAAUAGACAAAAGAGAAGUGCCUCACCCAUGUUCAUGAAUGAAAGAGAGUUUGUAUCUGUGUUAGAAUUAUAUGGCUCCUCAGGAUUUGUUGACAUGACUGGCAAUGCAAAAGACAACAAACUGGACCCUUACACAGGGGGUGGACUAAUGGCAGGGUUAGAUGGUACAGACACCUAUGUGGUGAAAUCUGAAUACGGAACAAAUGUUGAGAUAGAUAACUUAUCAAAAGACAUGAAGGAAGACACAGUUCUCCUCGAAGCUGACUUUUUCAGUGGGUCACUCACAGUUUUGUCUGAAGGAUAUAAUGUUCUGAUCAAAGCCAAAAAGAAAGGUCACGAUAUGCAGGUCCGUUUGCAUAAAUAUCACCUAGGUGAACAGUACCAACACCUGUCCUUUGUGACAUCUGAUGGAGUACACUUUCGGCUUGGAUAUCUGGAGGAUGCAAACCCUGAGACUAUGUUGAUCAAAGCCUACAAAAUCAAGCUGGAAAAUGAGUGGACUGAUUGCCGAAUGGAUUUAAAUGCAUAUGCAAACCUUUCAGCCAUUCAUACAGUCCAAGGAUGCCCACAGCAAUCCAAUAGCAUUGAAGGUAAUGAUUUGGACAAUGCUCUCAGAGGUGGCGUGAAGGUUGACACAAUAGAUGGAGGCCCUGGUCACGACACCUUGAUGGGGGGACAGGGAAAUGACAUCCUUCUGGGGGGCAGCGGUGACGACACCCUUUAUGGAGAAGAAGGGGAUGACACCAUGAUGGGAGGGCCAGGGUCUGAUGCUUUCAUCCCUGGACCAGGGGCAGACUUGAUGGAUGGCGGUGCAGGAAGAGACACAGUGUUUUACCAGGGAAACCACAGCAAUGGUGAAGGGGUCUACAUCAACCUGCUUACUGGUGAGUGUCGGCAGGCUGACGCAGAAGGGGAUGUGCUGAAAGAUGUUGAGAACGUGGUUGGCACCAUCUACUCUGACAUACUGGUGGCAGGCUACGAGCCAACUCUCCUCAAAGGAUCUGAUGGCAACGAUGUCCUUGUGUCUCAAGCUGGACAGGACUACUUAGUAGGUGGAGGCGGAAGUGAUGUGUACAUGAUGGUCUCCCCACGAGGCACCAUCAUCAUUGACAACUGCGCUGAUGACAAUGCCACCGACGUCCUGUACCUCCGUUCCAUGUCUGCGGACUCUGUCCACUGCUCACAGACAAACACCAGCCUGAGUCUGUCAUUCAAGGAUGAAGCCAAAGCCAUGCGGGUAGAACUGAAAGACUGGAUAAUCGGGAGUGACACAUGUAGGCACCUGCUGCUUAUCCUGAAAGAGGGGGAAACUACUGUAGAAGUCCUUCAGCAAAAAUGCAAAGGUAACGUUCAUAGUAGAGAAAGAUAAAUUGUUGAAUUAUGCUGUAUCUUGCCAUAUCUUUGCUUUUGAGUUGCUUUUGAGUUCAAUCUAAAAGUUGGUUGAAAAAUAUUUGAAAUAAUGAAGUUAUAUCCAAGUUGUGUCUAUAUCCUCAUCCUUCUAUAUACUCCAUAUUCUGUACUGGUUGUUAGACAUUUCAUAAAAUGAUUAAAUCUUCUUGCAUCCA